GCGCGUCCCCCCCGCGCUUCAGCAAGAGAUCAGUGACGAAGAGGAGACGGAACAGGAAAAAGCAUCCUUCGUAGACAAGUUCUUGGAAUUCUUCCGUACGCUCACUUCCGGUUUCUUGGAUCCCAAUGAAAGGAAACAUGAUACUGGACAUGUCUGUACGAUGUCUGACCAGGCUGUUACUCGUUGUCGGCCUCCUCCACGCUGUCUCCGCCAUAAUAAAAGGGAACUCUGAUUAUCAGCACUAUCAGCAACAGUUGCCUGGGGAUCACUUUUCAAAGGACUUCUAUCAUCCAGAUUUAAAAAAUGGCUUGUUGAGUUCCAAUAUGCGUUUUAAACCCGUCACAGACUGUAUGUUUGUCACGUCAGAGCCAGGAUCCUUCACAUACACCUCAAAAACCAACGACGAGGAGGUCUGCGGAAUUUACUUCCUAGCUGGGCCUGAUCAAAUGGUGGAGAUCAACUUCAUCACGUUCGACGUGCCAUGUGAACAUCACGGACUAGUUUCGGUGGUCGAUGGCUGGGAAUUAAACGGCGAAGUGUUCCCCAGCGAAAUGGAUCAUCGAUUGCCGUUGAAACAGAGGAGCAGUGAAUUCUGUGGUAAAAAUAUCGGCGUGAAGAGGACGUUUACUAGCUCGCAGAACGUGGCUGUCAUCCAGUAUAGGAUCCCCAAGCCGGGGAAGGGCUUCACGUUGCUCGCGAGAUUUUUGAAGAACCCUAGACCUUGCAACGUUUUGGCAGCAAGCAUAGGUGAACCUUACACGCUACGCAAUUAUGGCCGACGCGUAAAUUGCACCUAUGUUGCGCUCUAUUCAGGCACGGUACAAGUGAUCGCGCUUGGCGUUGGAGUCUCGAAUUUCCUCGGUUCCGUUCGUACCACUGAAACCGGAACUUUGCGAAAAUGUGAUGAAACCAGUCCUCAUGAUCAAGUGGUAAUUGGAGGCAGUUUCGGCUUAGAUACGUCCAAAGUUCAGAUAGUUGAUUCUAUUUGUGGAAUAGACUCUAAACCAGAUUAUCAAGAACUGGUCGAGUAUAGUGUCACCUCUGUGCGAUUGGUAUCGAGUGGUUUUUUCGAAAACUCUGUCACGGUGCAGGUUCAGCCUCUUAAGGACGAGUUGCUCGACGCAAAUCUUAGUAUCUAA